UGUGGGGAACAAUAUAUUGGUCGGACUCGAUUGUUGCUUAUAUUUUACAGGAUAGAAACUGCCCUGGUGAGUUCUUUUUUCGAUCAUUUGAGCAGGGGGAGGGAUGAGUCUCUCCCCUGUUAUUGGCACAGAAGUGCCAGAAGCAGCUAAUGGAGUGGCAACAACUGGUUCUCUGGAGAACGACUCUCAUGUGCCGGUCUCGGUAAAAUAUGGUGGGAGCAGGUUACCUGCUAAUGGAGGAGAGUCGAUGGGCGGGUCCUCUGGACACACAGAGAACCAUGUUGAUACAGCAAACAGACUGCCCACUGAGGAAAGUAACUCUGACAAAGAGACAGAUAUUAAUCAGAGAACAUCUAGUUUAUCAUUACAUUGUUCUCAGGCGGUAGACCCCUCUACCCAUGAUGGGGCAGACAGAGGAAACUCUGAAUCCAAAGACAUUUCUAAGGCCUCUGAGACUGAAGAUGUGGUUCUCAUGUGGGGUUCAGCGCAGCAAGCAGAGCUCAAAGACCACUGUCAGCAGGGAGGGUCUGACAUUGCUGAAAGACACCAGGUUGAGGAAGAGAUAGUAGAGCGAAGCCUUGGCAUUAGAGGGGAGGAGGAGGAUGGAGAGAAAGAGAAACAGGAUAUGGAAACUGAUGAGAAGAAUGAGAGCAGAUGGAGGAACACAGGAGGGAGAACAGAGGAGCUCUCGCAACACUAUUCUUCUUCAGCCCCCACUCCUAGUACCUCCUCCUCUUCCCCCCAACCUACUCAUCUCACCUCAGACGACACCCCAUGCCCUCCUCACGUCAUGGCUCAAGUCUGGGUUCGCAACAACCGUGGGAUGCAAGACAGCAAGAGCCUGGAUGAAAUCAGCCAAGCCUGUGGAGGUAGUCAAGGUGCCAGAGGUGGAGGCAGAAGUGGGCAGUCCGAGGGCCGAAGGGCCACAAUCUCUUCAGCCCUGGAACUGGAGGGGACGGUCAGCCAUGAAGGAGACCUCACCAACUUCAUCACAAAGAACCUCGAGCAGAAGAUCAAAAUGAGCUCCAAACCCAGCCUGGACUGCAGUGAUUCUGACUGUUCAGGUCCGAUCUACCGAAGCAGAGGGUUGACACGGAGACCAGCAGACAUCCCCCCUAUUGAUCCUACAGUCCUGGUGGACCUGCAGAGGCACACCCAGGAGGUGGCGCACAGUGUAGAGAUGAUGAUGAAGAGCCUCAAUGGAACCAUUCAGAAUAUGACGGCUCUGAGCGUCGGCUACAUCCAGACCUACAGAGACUCUGUUGACAGCCUGGGAGAAUCGGUAGACAUGAGCAUAAAGGGUAUGUACACACUGAUGGCCCGUUGUGAGGAGCUGGAUCGCUCCAUGCAGCCCAUACACACACUGGCGGCUCAGAUCCGUGACAUCAAACGCACCCUGGAUGCCCUAGAAGCGAUCUGCAAGUAAUACUCUUCUGAACACAGCUCCAACCUGCAAAGAUUCAACCUGUAGCUCAUCCACACAUAAGGAUGCCAGCAAGCAAGCGCAACCUUUCCGCAGGUAGCACACACACACUCCAGCGAAGAUUUAAGUGCACCUCAGGAGUCUGGACCCCAUCGCUGCUUGGCCUGCUAGAUGAUUGCCACCCAUAGCUCUCCUGUUCGCCGUUUGAAGAUGACCAGUUUUUUGUUGUGGAUUGUGUCGACUUUUGAAGAUGAGCUUCUGUUUUUUUUGUUUUAAUUUUUUCCUUCCCCUUAAAAUGUUUUUUUCUGUGACUUUUCUGCCCUGGAUACUUCAUAGGUCACAUCCAUGCACAAGCCUCGAAGAAGGUGGGAUUCCCACCUUCUUCUCGGUUCCUUUUUAAAGUCCGAGGUGUGAUCCUUUUAUCCGUCCAGCCUGGUGGUUCAGAUUGCACUAACCUCUCCUCCCAGAUGGGGGCGAUAUUUCUGUCUCUGGAGAGGCAAGAAUGAACUCCUUGGAAGAUGGUGUCAUUUGCACUGGAACAGAACGUCUAUUUUUUAAUCUUAUGCAAAAACCAGAUUCUUUCACUGCAGCUUGAAUUAGUGCAAUGGGGGAGAGUCUUUUUGUGUUUUUAUUUAUUCAGUCUGCUCAGCAUGGGUGCUUGUUCAAAACCACUGCGUCUGUGUGUCGCAGUGAGCCAGCUCACAGUAACUUAUUCUGUAUAAUGAGCUCAAAUCUGUAACAAAGUGUUUAACUUUUUCCAAUUCUCUCCCACCACCUAAUGCGGAGAUAUCAACCGUUAAAUGACAGGUGUGCUUCUUUGUUACCAAAAUUUCCAUCUUAUGCGAGGUGGAAUGAUGAACAUGACUGGAAAAGUACGUAAAGUGAUCCUAAGACUGUGUUUGAAUAAUAAAAUGUUAAAAAGCA